AUGUCCAACACCGGCAGUGAAGCCUCGAAGCAGCCUCGUACUCUCGUUCUUUGUUUCGAUGGAACGGCGAGUGAAUACGAGAAGGAUAAUACGAACGUUGUCAAGCUGUUCUCUCUGUUGAAGAAGGACGAUUCAGAUCAGCAGCUUUGCUACUAUCAAGCUGGAAUAGGAACAUUUUUCGCGCCAGGUGUCGUGUCACCCCUUUUUGAGUGGGUAGCCAAAAUAGCGGACGAAGCGGUAGCUUGGUACCUCAACGAACACGUAAUGGACGGCUACAGGUUUCUCAUGCAGAACUAUCGCGCUGGAGAUAGAAUUUGCAUGUUCGGCUUUUCUCGGGGCGCAUAUACAGCACGCGCUUUGGCUGGUAUGCUGUACAAAGUCGGACUUCUCCCACGAGAUAAUCAGGAACAAAUACCUUUCGCCUACAAGCUCUAUAAACAAGACGAUGAAGCUGGUAUGGAGUUGAGCACCGGUUUCAAGCACACAUUCUGUCGCAAUGUGCAGAUCGAGUUCGUGGGCGUGUGGGAUACAGUUGCAAGCGUCGGCGUGGUCAUGGGAAGGACCCUCCCUUUCACCACUUCUAACCGCGCUAUCAAGACAUUUCGUCAUGCCAUAUCACUUGACGAGCACCGUUCCCGGUUCAGACCCAAUCUCUUUCACCGAGCAUCACCUGGCCAAGACCAAGAAUUCACAACGGCAGGAAGCACUGGCUCGUGCACUCUGAAGACCCCCUCCGAUAAGCUGUCGUUCUACCGCUGCAAAAAAUUUGGACCCAGUAAUUUCUUCCAUCCUGAUCACUGGAGACAUAGCCCAGUAAGGUCAACGAGUUUGGACGACGAAGACUGGGAUCCUACCAACGUGUUGGAAGUAUGGUUUGCUGGCUGCCACAGCGAUAUCGGCGGAAACGAACCGAUGGUAGACCCUCCCCACAGUAUCGGAAACAUACCCCUUCGCUGGAUGAUCCGUCAAGUCAUCAGCUCACAGUGUGGAAUUGUAUUCGAUGAAACUGCGCUCUCAAAGCUCGAAGUCCGGCCUUCUCUCGUCUUCCAGCCUCCGAAAGCGCAUGGAGGUCCGGGAAUUGCUGAUGCAGUGGAUGCACAGCAGCCUAUUCAUGACCGGCUACAAGACACGAAGAUAUGGUGGAUUUUGGAAAUUAUUCCACUGCGAUACUCGUGGCAAGACGCGCAAGGCAUGUGGCGCAGUGAAUUUCGGUGGAAUUUGGGACGAGGCAGAACGAUCGAAGAGAAGCAGCCGAAUUUCCACAUUACAGUCAAGGAGCGUAUGGCGAAUGAGUCGCUAAACUACAAGCCGAAAGCGAUCUGGAAUGGGAACGAGGUAUACGUCGAGUGA